ACCCUGCCCCAUGCCUGUGCAUAGCCAGGCUCUCCACCCACAUCCACAGCCGGAACAUCGCGUCUGUAAAUCAGCUCCGCAUCCUGCUAGAAGAAGCGGUGACAAACAGAACCUCCUGGCUUGGUUCCCAAGGCACCUUCUUGGCAGUGAUGGCUCUACAGAGGAUCCAGUCCUUGCUACAGCUCUUGCUGCUGACCCUGCUGGGGCUAGGGCUGGUACAGCCCUGCUAUGGCCAGGACCUCAUGUACAAACGGUUCCUGCGCCAACACGUGGACCCUCAGGAGACAGGCGGCAAUGACAACUACUGCAAUGUAAUGAUGCAGAGACGGAAGAUGACUUCCUCCAAUCGAUGUAAACCCGUCAACACCUUCAUCCACGAAGACAUCUGGAGUAUUCGUAAUAUCUGCCUCACUGCCAAUAUCCAGUGCAAGAAUGGGGAGAUGAACUGUCAUGAGGGUGUAGUGAAGAUCACAGACUGCAGAGAGACAGGGAGUUCCAGAGCUCCCAACUGUAGAUACCGGGCCACCGCCAGCACUAGGCGGGUAGUCAUUGCCUGCCACGGUAACCCAGAGGUGCCAGUUCACUUUGACAGAUAGAUGCCAUCCUGCAGCUACUACAGCCAGUGAUUGGUUUCUAAAUCUCUGAGAAUAACGACGCACAGUGUAUUCGAAAGGUCUCAGGCAAUGUCUCCUUUGCUCAUUUCUUAUGCUCCAAUAUACCCAAUAUAACCCAUUGUAUUAAAUGCAUCACAUCCAAGAGAGAUGGAGACAAACCUAUAAUGAGUCUGGGGUUUCUAUGAUAAGCUUCUCAUAGUACUGGCCAGCUCAGCUUUCACAGAUUCUAGCCUCCGGAACUUAUACAUCACAUGUAUUUAAAUAGUAUUUCAACCAUUUUGAAGUGCCUUUGUCUGAGUUGUCUUAUUUUAACACCCGACAACUCUCUGAUGUUGAUUCUGUUGCUUUACAUAGAAGUUCAAAGUCAAGGGAUUUGAAGACCCGAGACAAAAGCCCACUUGAACUGGCCACUCACAUGGGGUCUUCCCGUCAUGAGAACUGUUUCAGAAGUGUCUGUUUUUUGUUAUCCCCUAAUGUCAGCCACUAAGAAACCAUUAAGAAUUUGGAAGGAGUAUACUGGCAAAAUGAGAGCUCUGAGUUAUUUGGAAUUAUUAUGGUUUAUGACUACUAAGAUUCUUUAAAAAAUAUUUUACAAAUGCUUUCUUUUUCUUCCCAAACUUUUGAAUCACCUUAGUAAGUCAAGGCAUUAAAAAUGUAAUUGACCAUGAAGAUUCAUUUACUCUUCUGAAAGAUUAUUCUUGUUUUCUUUAUAAUAAAGGACCAUCUAUAGAAA